AUGGCAGAAGAGUCCACAACUAACGAUCCCGCCAAUCACAAUUGUAUGCUGUGUGAAGAUACCGACAGCGCUGAUGACAUGGUCCAAUGUGACGUAUGUGACUUCUGGGCACAUUUUCGCUGUGCUGGCGUUACUGAGAACGUGAAAACUGAACCUUGGAAUUGUACCAAAUGCAGUGUUCUACUACACGUUCCGAAGACUUCUAAAAAGGUGCCUACGAAAAAAGGACCUGCUAGGAAGAUAAUUUCUAAGAGUGACGGUGGCUCGGUGAUGAACGGAACUUCGAUGGAAAUGCCAUCUUUAGGAACACUGCUUAAUGUACAGGAUCAGAUAUCGAAUGAAAAGGAACUCUUGGAACAGAAGCGGUUAUUCGAAAAGUGCCUGCAAGAGCAGCAACAGUUUAUGGACAGGAAGCGCAUUUUACAGAAGGAAAUGUUACAGCAAAAAAUUGUGCAAGAAAAGCAGUUGCUAGAGCAACAACUUGUUGAUGAAAGAGAGUUUUUACAGAAGCAAAAAAAUCUCCGUGAACAAUUCCAGAGGUUGAGGACUGAAUUGAAUCAUCAGUACGAUGCUGUAGAUGGAACUAAAGAUCCGGUAGAGCCUGGACGAAAUACCCCAAAUAAGGAUAUACAAUCAUGGGUUGACCAGCUUCCAAGCGAUCCAAUAGUGACACAAUCGAAAAGGCCCACGUCUCGAGAUGCUGAAGGUAUACGAUCAACUAUCGGAAUUGAUUCGAAACAAAAUACUUCAACGAAUAAAUUAUCAGCUUCUAAAUCAUGUUCUUCGGUGAGUCUCAAAUCGUUACAAACUCUCAUUGGUGCCGACGACGAAAACGAGAAUAGCGAUAGCGAAAAUGCUGGGGAGCUAGAGCUGACGAAUGAAGAAAUAGCAAUAAUUCGUAAAAUAGUGCGUCGUAGUAAUCGAAACGGGUCGGGGUUCGAUCCGCAAGCAAUCAGAGGGCCUACCAAGGAGCAGUUAGCAGCAAGACAGGCAUGUUCCAGGCACUUACCAAUAUUUAAGGGAGAGCCGGAAGUCUGGCCACUCUUUAUAAGCUGCUACGAGUAUACGACUUCAGCAUGUGGUUUCACUAAUACGGACAAUUUGAAACGGCUUCAGGAUAGUCUGCAAGGACUCGCUAAAGAAGCGGUACAAAGCCGUUUGCUUCUGCCAGAGUCAGUGCCAGAAGUAAUUGAGGAUUUGAGGAAAUUGUUCGGGAGUCCAGAGAAGCUGCUUAAGAAUCUGGUAGCGAAAGUUCGUAAGACUCAGCCUCCGAGAUUGGACAGACUUGAAACGUUUUUGUACUUCGGAAUCACGGUUAAACAGCUCUGUGAUCAUCUUGAAGCGGCCAGCCUUCAUGAUCAUUUGAGCAACCCUAUGUUAGUGCAAGAAUUAGUCGGGAAACUUCCUCCUGAAUACAAAAUUGAUUGGGUGCGAUUUAAACGUAGUAGAACUGGUACUCCGUUGAGAGUUUUUACUGACUUCAUAAAUGACAUCGUGUCAGAGAUUUCCGAAGUAACGGAUUUUACGGGAAUUGAAUGCAAAGCCAACCAAGGCUUGGAGAGGACCAAGCAGAAACGGAAGGAAUAUGUCAACACUCAUCAUCAGCCAAAUGCAUCAUCGAUCGCAAAAAUUUCUUCUGGUGCAGCUAUUUUAAAAGGGAAAAGGCCAUGUCUAGUAUGCCGACGAAUGGAUCACAAAAUUCGUUUUUGUGACGAUUUCGCUAAACUUAGCAUUCAGGAUCGUUUGAAAAUUGUGGACAAACACAAAUUGUGUCACAUUUGCUUAAAUGAUCACGGAAAGACAAAAUGCACAUUCAAUAUACGAUGCAAUAUUGAAAACUGUAGGGAAGCACAUCACACGCUUCUUCACGGCGUUCAACAAACCGCUCGAGCCUUUCGCAUUGAGUGCAAUGCUCAUUUGAACGUUAGUCGCUCUGUAAUAUUUCGGAUUCUUCCAGUGACCCUUCACUUUGGUGAAAAAUUUGUUGAUAUUCUUGCGUUCCUCGAUGAAGGAGCGUCUGCUACCUUAAUCGAAAGCGUCGUAGCGGAUCAGUUAAAUGCCGAAGGCACUCCUGAACCAUUGGUUGUAGUAUGGACAGCGAAUAUGAAGCGUAACGAAAAUAAGUCGAAAAAGGUGAAUUUAUUUAUAUCUGCUGAAGGAUCAGAUAAAAAAUAUGAGCUUAAUAAUGUGCGUACUGUAAAAGAGUUAGUAUUACCUAAACAAUACGUUUGUUUCGAUGAGCUGGCUCGACGAUAUAAGCAUCUGAGUAGCAUCCCGAUUGUCAAUCAUACCGGUGAUUCUCCCAAAAUUCUUAUUGGACUAGAUAACAUACAUUUAUUUGCACCUUUAGAGUCUAGGAUUGGAGCUCCGGGUGAGCCAAUUGCCGUGCGUUCUCUUCUGGGAUGGACAAUGUACGGACCAGAACCAGGAAAGGUGAUAUCAGAAGCAUUCAUUAAUCAUCAUUUUAUACAAUCGGUUAGCAAUCAAGAACUGCACGAAUUGCUUAAAACACAGUAUACAUUGGAGGAAAUGUCAACAAGUACCGCUAUAACCCAGGAAUCGAAUGAAGAACGUCGUGCUCGACACAUAAUGGAGCAAACAACUAAACGAAUUGGCGAUUGUUUCCAGACUGGACUCCUGUGGCGGUAUGACAACCCUACGUUUCCGGAUAGUUUUCCGAUGGCGAUGCGUCGCAUGAAAGCUCUUGAAAGACGACUUUCCAAAAACCCAAGUCUAAAUGAAAACGUCUUUGCUCAGAUUAAUGAUUACCAAAUAAAAAAUUAUUGCCACAGAGCAACUCAAGCUGAACUAAAUGCUGUCGAUCGUUCAAAGAUAUGGUAUCUUCCAUUAAAUAUUGUCUUGAACCCCAAAAAGCCCAACAAGGUACGCCUAGUCUGGGAUGCAGCGGCCAGCGUGAAUGGUGUCUCCCUAAACUCUAACUUACUUAAAGGUCCUGAUUUGCUGACGUCCCUCCCAGCCGUUAUAAGCAAGUUUCGCGAAAGACGCAUUGCCUUCGGAGGGGAUAUACGCGAAAUGUACCAUCAAAUACGCAUUCGCGAGGAGGACAAACAGGCUCAGCGUUUUCUAUUUCGGUUUGAUUCGCACGACUCCCCGGAUGUGUACGUCAUGGACGUUGCAACAUUCGGCUCCACUUGUUCCCCUUCGUCGGCCCAGUUCAUUAAAAACCGUAACGCGAAUGAACAUAGACAUCUCUACCCGGAGGCCGCAGAUGCAAUAAUUAAUCGGCACUACGUCGACGACUAUUACGACAGUACAGAUAGCGUCGACCAAGCCACGCAACGUGCACAUGAAGUUCGCUUGAUUCACUCGAAAGGAGGUUUCGAAAUUCGAAACUGGGCGUCGAACUCGGAGGAGGUUUUGCAAAAGUUAGGAGAGCCCACACCGGAACGCGUGAUUCGUUUUCAUGAAGACAAAACGACGGAACAAGAACGAGUGCUCGGACUUAUUUGGAAUACUCAACAGGACGAAUUGGCUUUCUCUGUACCAGAACAAAAUACAUAUCUAGUAUCGUAUCGCCCAACGAAACGACAAGUUUUGAGCACAGUUAUGUCUCUUUUUGAUCCGCUAGGGUUACUCGCGCCUUUCACAAUAUUAGGGAAAAUAUUGAUCCAAGAUUUAUGGAGAUCAGGUUGUGAGUGGGACGCAUCAAUCGAUGAGGUGGUUUAUGGCAAAUGGAAACAGUGGUUAGAUAUGCUGCCGGAGAUAAGACGUGUCAGAAUUCCGCGUCCUUAUUUUGGGAAUAGCACGUCAGAACAGUUCAAAUCGCUGCAGCUACACAUAUUUUGUGAUGCUGGGGAAAACGCGUACGGCUGUGCAGGACUGUUACGGGUAGUCGUGGAUGGAUGUGUAAAAUGCUCGUUGGUCAUGGCACGCUCCAAGGUUGCACCAUUAAAGUUAUUAACUAUACCCCGUUUAGAACUGCAAGCUGCUGUUUUGGCCGCGAGAAUGAUGAACACGAUUCGAUCUAACCAUUCGUUGGAUGUCCAACAAGUUUUCAUGUGGACUGAUUCGAGGACAGUACUUUCUUGGAUCAAGUCAGAUCCACGUAAAUAUCGUCAGUUCGUAGGAUUCAGAAUAGGUGAAAUUCUUAAUCUGACAAAAGUAACAGAUUGGCAUUGGGUUCCUUCCAAGCUGAAUAUUGCGGAUUGCCUGACUAAAUGGGGGCGAUUUCCUGAUAUGACACCAGAUGGUUCAUGGUUUCGAGGAGAAGGCUUUCUUUAUCAGCCACCGGAGUUUUGGCCAGAGCAAGAGGUAAAUAUACCAAACGUUGAAACGGAAAUGAGGGCUGCGCACUUAUUUCACGACAUAAUUCUAACAGAGCAAUUUAUAAACAUCAAGGAUAUAUCGAAAUGGAGCGUAUUAGUACGUGUAGCAGCCUGUUUGUAUAGAUUUAUCGCCAACUGCCGAAAAAAGGUUCAUGGUCAACCAAUCGAAACACUAAAACCAACAGAGAACCAAAAAAGGUUGAUAAUCUCAUCGAUUUGCGCUACGAGAAUACCGUUACAGCAGAAAGAAUUUCAAAAGGCUGAGAGUUUAUUAUUCCGAAUUGCUCAAAGUAACUCGUACGGUGACGAAAUCAAAAUAUUUCGUAAGAACGAGAAAUUACCUUACGAUCAAUGGAUAUCUCUAGAUAAAUCUAGCCCACUGUACAGAAUAGCUCCUCUAUUCGAUUCGUCAGGUGUACUUCGGUUAGAAGGACGAAGCAAAAAUGCGGAAUUCUUACCGUUUGAUAUGCGAUUUCCGAUUAUUUUGCACAAAGACCAUGCGGUUACAAAAAAAUUAGUUCAGCAUUUCCAUGAACGAUUCGGUCAUGGUUAUAGAGAAGCGAUAAAUAACGAAAUCAAGCAACGGUUUUUAAUUAAUGGUCUUGGAUCACUCGUGACAAAAGUUGAAAAGGAAUGUAUUCGAUGUAAAAUUCGUAAAUGUAAACCGCAAGUUCCUAGAAUGGCUAGUCUCCCUGUUCAGAGGUUAAUCCCAUAUCAUCGACCUUUCACAUUUGUUGGUGUCGAUUACAUUGGACCGUUAGAGGUGGCAGUUGGUAGACGUACAGAAAAACGUUGGAUAGUUCUCUUCACAUGUUUAGUUGUUCGUGCCGUUCACUUGGAGGUCGCUAACAGUUUAACUGCGCAAUCCUGUAUUAUGGCAGUUAGGCGCUUCAUUUGUCGACGGGGACCAGCAGCGGAAUAUUUUUCUGAUAACGGAACUAACCUUCGUGCCGCCGGCAAGGAAAUAACACAACAGAUUCAUACAAUAUCUACGAACUGUGCUGAGGAAUUUACAAAUGCUCGAACAAAGUGGCAUUAUAAUCCGCCGGCCGCUCCCCAUAUGGGAGGCGUGUGGGAGAGGAUGGUAAGGUCGGUUAAGAGUGUAAUGAGUGUGUUAGAUGAUGGACGCAGAUUGACUGAUGAAAUAUUGUCCACUACCCUUGCUGAAGCGGAGGAUAUGAUAAAUAGCCGGCCUCUCACGUAUUCGUAUAGAGACUCUCCAGUGGAAUCUCUCACUCCGAAUCACUUCAUUCGUGGUACCGCACCGAAUGAACCAGCAGAGUCGUUACUCCCCGUGAACCCUGGACAAGCCUUACGAGAUACGUAUAAACGCUCUCAACAGUUGGCUGAGGAAAUGUGGAAGAAGUGGAUUCGAGAAUACAUCCCUACCGUCAACCUCAGAACAAAAUGGUUCGAAGAUAUAAAACCGUUACAGAAAGGUGACUUAGUCUACGUUAUCGAUGGGGAUCAUCGCAAGUGCUGGAUACGAGGUGUGGUGGAGGAAGCGAUUGUGGCCAGUGACGGUAGAAUUCGCCAAGCAAUGGUUCGUACCAAUCGUGGUCUCUUCAAACGUGCGACUGCUAAAUUAGCAGUGAUGGAAAUUGACAACUGCAACAUUAGUGGUAACACUGUUCCUGUGAGCGAACGCAAUCUCGACGCCGGAACAGAAUUACGGGUCGGGGACUUGUUGAAGACGGCACCCUUGCCUAGUAACGCAGCUUCCUCACCGUAA